AUGGAUUGGAGUGAAUGGAAACGAGCAACAGUAGAUGGCCCACGUCUCUUAUUCCUGCUUUGGGUAGAACCAGAACCCACUGUUUACUAACCAUGAGUUUAUGUUUGUUUGUGAUAGGGAAGAAACUCAGUCAUUACUGGGACCAAUGGGAAUCACACUCACUCACACACUCACUCACCACACACUCACACAAUCACUCACACACUCACACACUCACUCACACACUGACGCACACACACACACACUUUGGUAGCCAAACAUCUGUGGCUGUCCUCUCCCUGCCAUCAGCCCCAUUCCAAAACAAUUUCACUGAUAAGACUGAGCCUGUGUGUGUGCGUGCGUGUGUGUGUGUGUGUGUGUGUGUGUGUGUGUGUGUGUGUGUGUGUGUGUGUGUGUCUGUGUGUGCGUGUCUGUGCAUGUGUGAAUGUGUGUGUGUGUGUGUGUGUGUGUGUGUGUGUGUGUGUAUGUGUGUGUCUGUGUGCGUGUGUGUGCAUGUGUGUGCGUGUCUGUGCAUGUGUGAAUGUGUGUAUGUGUGUGUGUGUGUGUGGACCAGUUUCGAGAGUCAGAUGUGGGAGGAGGAGUCAGGCAAUGAGGACAGUGCUGCCCAGCCAAUCAGUGGGUAAUAUGCCACAUUGGAUGGAUAUGUGUGUGUGAGACCAGUCUCCAGGAGCUACUUAAUCACACCAGCCGCAGCACAGAGCAGCUCUUUCUGGUGAUUUCAAUCCUCAAAUAAUACUGAUAAUGAUAAACAUGGCCAGAAUGGAUCCAGAAUGGACCAGAACACACACACGAGCUCAACUCAUCUACAAAAAUGGAUAUCGGUCCAAUCAUGGGAAGUUCAUAUUUCAAUGGGUUGGCAUGUGUGUGUCUGUCUGUGUUAUUUGGUAAGUAGGCUGGUAGAAGGGGUGAUUGGGUAGCAUCACCCCUUUAAAUAGGUCUCUACUUUGUGGUAGUGUGUUUGACCUGUAACAUGACUGUAGUUUCAAUAGUUCAAAUACAACUCCAACUGUUUACAUUUACUAUCAAGCAUCAUGAUAUACUGUUUACAUGUACUAUCAAGCAUCAUGAUAUGGUUUUUACAUUUACUAUCAAGCAUCAUGUUAUGCUGUUUACAUUUACUAUCAAGCAUCAUGAUAUAAUGUUUACAUUUACUACCAAGCAUCAUGAUAUAAUGUUUACAUUUACUAUCAAUCUUCAUUAUAUACUUUUUACAUUUACUAUCAAGCAUCAUGAUAUAAUGUUUACAUUUACUAUCAAGCAUCAUGAUAUAAUGUUUACAUUUACUACCAAGCAUCAUGAUAUACUGUUUACAUUUACUAUCAAGCAUCAUGAUAUAAUGUUUACAUUUACUAUCAAGCAUCAUGAUAUAAAACAUUUUUCUCAUUUUGAUCUUUCUCUCUGGUCCUCCUGUCGCCCCAGAACACCCUGACCUGCCAUGUGCUAUUCAAUGGUCUGCUGUGGCUGAGAAGCUAACCCUGGGUGUGGUGAAGGUUUGGGGGAGGCUGAACCUGGGUGUGGUGAAGGUGUGGUGAAAGUGUGGUGAAGGUGUGGUGGAGGUGUGAUGAAGAUGUGGGGUAGGUGUGGUGAAGGUGUAGGGGAGGUGUGAUGCGGCAGGUAGCUUAGUGGUUAAGAGCGUUGUGCCAGUAACCGAAAGGUCGCUGGUUCUAAUCCCCGAGCCGACUAGGUGAAAAAUCUGUCGAUGUGCCCUUGAGCAAGGCACUUAACCCUAAUUGCUCUUGUAAGUCGCUCUGGAUAAGAGCGUCUGCUAAAUGACCAAUUAUUUUAUUAUUAUUAUGAUGAAGUGGUGGUGAAGAUGUGGGGGAGGUGUGGUGGAAAUGUGGGGGAGGUGUGGUCAAGGUGUGGGGGAGGUGUGGUGAAGUUGUGGGGAGGUGUGUUGAAUGUGUUGUGAAUGUUAUGGAAAGGUGUGGGGGAGUUGUGGUGAAGAUGUGGGGGAGGUGUGGUGAAGUUGUGGUGAAGAUGUGGGGGAGGUGUGGUGAAGGUGUGGGGGAGGUGUGGGGAUGUGUGGUGAAGCAGUGGUGAAAGUGUGGGGGAGGUGUCGUGAAGGUGUGGGGGAGGUGUGGUGAAGGCUUGGGGAAGUGUGGUGAAGGUGUGGAGGAGGUGUGGUGAAGGUUUGGGGGAGGUGUGGUGAAUGUGUGGUGAAGGUGUGGCGGAGGUGUGGUGAUAGUGUGGGGGACAUGUGGGGAGGUGUGGUGAAGGUGUGGGGGAGGGGGUCGUGAGCGUCCCUAUCACAGAGGUCACACAACGAGAUGGCUUGGACACAGAGAACAUGAUCACCACAACACCACACCACCACUUAGGUGAGACACACACCACACCACAACACCACAACACCACUGAGGUGAGACACACACCAUACCACACACCACAACACAACACACCACACCACCACCACUGAGGUGAGACACACACCACAACACCACUGAGGUGAGACACACACCACACCACAACACACCACACCAAAAUACACAACAACACACCCCUCCAAAACACACCACACCACACCAAAACACACCACACCAUACCACACCAAAACACACCACACCACUCCAAAACACACAACACCAAAACACACCACACCAAACCCAAACACACCACACCAAAAAACACCACACCACACCCAAACACACCACACCAAAACACACCACAACACACCACACCAAAACACACCACUCCAAAACACCCCACACCCAACCACAACACACCACACCAAAACACACCACACCACAACACACCAUUCCAAAACACACCACACCACAACAAAACACACCACACCACACCCCACCCCACCACAACACAGCACAGCACAGCACAGCCACAGCACAACACACUCAAAACACACUCAGAACACACUCAGAACAAACAUAUUAAUUUCAGUAGACAUGGGUAAGGUUGUAAUGGUAGGAUUGUCCGUAUAAGACAGUGUAGAAAUACUUGUGAAGAAGCAGAGCUGAUGAAGAACAGCAUGCCUACUCAGAGGUGCUGCUCUACCCCCAGUUAGUAUUUGACUUUGGGCCAAGCUCAUUGUACCACUGGCUGUCUUUACAGCAGUGACUAGACUGUAGGCUUAGAAUUGGCCCCAUCCCUCUUUACCCCUCCAAAGUGUCUACUAGUGGAUGGGUGAUGAUCUGCCAGAACAAGAUGUCUGCCGUGACUCAUUAUCUAAUAGCUGUAAUCAUGGAGGUCACCUUGUGAUUCCUUUGUAAUAAACAUGAGCUAUGAGCAGGAGGAGUAGCACAGAGGUAGUUGCCCAGAGAGUACAGGAAGUGUAAGACAAUACUAAUCAACAGCAGAGGAGAUGGGAUGGCAGGAGGUAGGAAGAGGAUCAGUAAGGCAAUCACAGAGGGCGGGAGGAACGGAUGGUAAGACGACACGUUUGGAAGAUGACAUUUUGUCUGUGUCCUCAUUUGCCCUGUGAUGAAGAGUCUUCAUUUGGAGGUAUACUGCAUUCACUCCGACUACCAACACCUUGUAACCGAUAGUGACACACUCCAUAAAUAAUCAUUUGAAAAUAACAUAAGAGACUGACAGACUCAGAGAGAUGCAGUAGUCAUGCAUUUGAAUAAAUGGUAUUGCGGCACCAGCCUAUCCAUUCAUCUCCUUUAGUGUUUUCACACUGGAUAACAAGUUCAAAUAACAGGCUGUUCCAUCUCUCUUUCACCAUGUUAGUGUCAGGUUGCUGCUGCCACACACACACAAAGAAGGGGUGUAGGUCUAUGUAUUAGGAGGGGGUGGUUGAUAGGAAGGGAUUUUGUCACUGCGAGACACUGACUGCGAGACACUGAUGAAUGUUCAGGCAGAUCGCUCAAGAGUGAUUGGACGUCUAUCCGUCCUGAGAACAUUGGGAACUGCCUUCAAAAUCGGCCACUAGGAGAAACAGUUAAUGCUGUUACCAUCAAGUAGGCUUGGGUUUUGCUAGGGCCUUAUGGACAUGGGUGGUGGAUGGGCGUAAUCCCUUGACUCUGAAUCAGAAGUUUGAACGUUGAGUCCCAGUGGACAGCACCUGUUUUUAAAUUGUUUUGUUCUAACCCUAUCCCAAACCCUUACCUUAACCAUUCGGAAUGAGUGCCAAAACGUAGUGUUUUAACCCUAUCCUAAACCUUAACGGUUAACUUUCUAGAUUUGACGUUUGGAGCAAUUUCGAAAUUUGAACGUCUAAUUCUGCAGGGAGACUGUGAGAGCUUGUUGGAAUAAUAUUAUGGUGUGUGUGUGUGUGUGUGUGUGUGUGUGUGUCUGUCUGUCUGUCUGUCUGUCUGUCUGUCUGUCUGUCUGUCUGUCUGUCUGUCUGUCUGUCUGUCUGUCUGUCUGUCUGUCUGUCUGUCUGUCUGUCUGUCUGUCUGUCUGUCUGUCUGUCUGUCUGUCUGUCUGUCUGUCUGUGUGUGUGUGUGUGUGUGUGUGUGUGUGUGUGUGUGUGUGUGUGUGUGUGUGUGUGUGUGUGUCUGUCUGUCUGUCUGUCUGUCUGUCUGUCUGUCUGUCUGUCUGUCUGUCUGUCUGUCUGUCUGUCUGUCUGUCUGUCUGUCUGUCUGUCUGUCUGUCUGUCUGUCUGUCUGUCUGUCUGUCUGUCUGUCUGUCUGUCUGUCUGUCUGUCUGUCUGUCUGUCUGUCUGUCUGUCUGUCUGUCUGUCUGUCUCUCUGUGUGUGCAGACAACGUGUGGUGUGUGUCUGGGAGGAUAAUGGUUUGGGUUUAUUGCAAGAGGAAGAGGACAGUCAGAACACCUAUUCAAUUAGCAGCGCUGUCUGGAACACCAGGCACCACCCAGUGUGUUGGGGAACAUUGCUUAGUCUGGCCUGUACACACACACACACACACACACACAACCACACACACACACAACCACACACACAAACACACACACACACACAUGCACAUGCGAACAGAAGGGACACCUCUGACUAUGCUUUGCAUUCAAAUGUUAUGUUAUUUCUCUGCUGAUGCAUACUGGGUAUUCUUCACUAGAGAUCAUGUAUUUCCUGUAUAUUGUAACUUAAAACAAAAUAUUUUUCUACCAAGUUUUCAACUAAGUUUUUCAUCCACCUACAGUGAGGGAAAAAAGUAUUUGAUCCCCUGCUGAUUUUGUACGUUUGCCCACUGACAAAGAAAUGAUCAGUCAAUAAUUUUAAUGGUAGGUUUAUUUGAACAGUGAGAGACAGAAUAACAACAAAAACAUCCAGAAAAACUGUCAAAAAAGUUAUAAAUUGAUUUGCAUUUUAAUGAGGGAAAUAAGUAUUUGACCCCCUCUCAAUCAGAAAGAUUUUUGGCUCCCAGGUGUCUUUUAUACAGGUAACGAGCUGAGAUUAGGAGCAAACACUUAAAGGGAAUGCUCCUAAUCUCAGCUUGUUACCUGAAUAAAAGACACCUGUCCACAGAAGCAAUCAAUCAAUCAGAUUCCAAACUCUCCACCAUAGCCAAGACCAAAGAGCUGUCCAAGGAUUUCAGGGACAAGAUUGUAGACCUACACAAGGCUGGAAUGGGCUACAAGACCAUCACCAAGCAGCUUGGUGAGAAGGUGACAACAGUUGGUGCGAUUAUUCGUAAAUGGAAGAAACACAAAAGAACUGUCAAUCUCCCUCGGCCUAGGGCUCCUGAUGAUGAUCAUGAGAACGGUGAGGAAUCAGCCCAGAACUACAAGGGAGGAUCUUGUCAAUGAUCUCAAGGCAGCUGGGACCAUAGUCACCAAGAAAACAAUUGGUUACACAUUAUGCCGUGAAGGACUGAAAUCCUGCAGCGUCUGCAAGGUCCCCCUGCUCAAGAAAGCACAUAUACAUGCCCGUCUGAAGUUUGCCAAUGAACAUCUGAAUGAUUCAGAGGAGAACUGGGUGAAAGUGUUGUGGUCAGAUGAGACCAAAAUUGAGCUCUUUGGCAUCAACUCAACUCGCCGUGUUUGGAGGAGGAGGAAUGCUGCCUAUGACCCCAAGAACACCAUUUCCACCAUCAAACAUGGAGGUGGAAACAUUAUGCUUUGGGGGUUUUUCUGCUAAGGGGACAGGACAACUUCACCGCAUCAAAGGGACGAUGGACAGGGCCAUGUAUCGUCAAAUCUUGGGUGAGAACCUCCUUCCCUCAGCCAGGGCAUUGAAAAUGGGUCAUGGAUGGGUAUUCCAGCAUGACAAUGACCCAAAACACACGGCCAAGGCAACAAAGGAGUGGCUCAAGAAGAAGCACAUUAAGGUCCUGGAGUGGCCUAGCCAGUCUCCAGACCUUAAUCCCAUAGAAAAUCUGUGGAGGGAGCUGAAGGUUCGAGUUGCCAAACGUCAGCCUCAAAACCUUAAUGACUUGGAGAAGAUCUGCAAAGAGGAGUGGAACAAAAUCCCUCCUGAGAUGUGUGCAAACCUGGUGGCCAACUACAAGAAACGUCUGACCUCUGUGAUUGCCAACAAGGGUUUUGCCACCAAGUACGAAUUCAUGUUUUGCAGAGGGUCAAAUACUUAUUUCCCUCAUUAAAUUGCAAAUCAAUUUAUAACAUUUUUGACAUUAGUUUUUCUGGAUUUUGUUGUUGUUAUUUUGUCUCUCACUGUUCAAAUAAACCUACCAUUAAAAUUAUAGACUGAUCAUGUCUUUGUCAGUGGGAAAACGUAUAAAAUCAGCAGGGGAUCAAAAACUGUUUUCCCUCGCUGUAGAUCCAAUCUGAGGUUAAUCAAUAUGCUUCCUCUAAAACCUUACCGUCAGGCAUUUGAUCUGAAAGAACAACAUGUCUGUGUUAUUGUGAUGCGUUACAGUCAGGCCUUUGAUCUGAAAGAACAACGUGUCUGUGUUAUUGUGAUGAGUGAAUGACAGAAGCGUCUUCUGUAGCUCAAUUGGUAGAGCAUGGCGCUUGUAACGCCAGGGUAGUGGGUUUGAUCCCCGGGACCAUCCAUACGUAAAAAUGUACGCACACAUGACUGUAAGUCGCUUUGGAUAAAAGUGUCUGCUAAAUGGCAUAAUAUUAUUAGGAGCGUUUGGGAGACGGAGGGGAAAAUGAGUAGAAGAAAAUAAAUGGUGGAAUGAAAAUACUGUGACAUCAUCAAAGCUUUCACGUGAGUCUGGGUGGUGUUCUAUUUUCUAUACUGUAUAUAUAUAUAUAUAUAUAUAUAUAUAUUGUGUGUGUUUGUGUCUGUGUGUGUGUCUGUGUGUGUGUCUGUGUGCGUGCACACAAUGUGUUUGUGCUCUCCCUCUUUCCUUCUCUCUCUUUCUGUCUCCCUCACUCUCUCGUCUAUAGAACUACCAGCUCUCACUCCCGCUAAGGGUACCGACGGCUAACGCCCUCGCUCACGAAGAGACUCGACCGAACGGGCCCCUCGACCAGAGACCAGCGCCACGUUGCCCUCGCCUGUCUCCUCGUCUCCUCCCGCUCGCUAGCUCCGUCGUCGCGCUCCUGCGAGCGCUAUCUACUCUCUCUCUCCCUCUCAAUUAUCACUCUCCCUCUCUCUCUCUCUAUCCUACUCUCACUCUAACUCUCACUCUCCCUCCCUCACAAACACACACACACACUCACUAAACAUAGACAUACAGUGGGGAAAAAAGUAUUUAGUCAGCCACCAAUUGUGCAAGUUCUCCCACUUAAAAAGAUGAGAGAGGCCUGUAAUUUUCAUCAUAGGUACACGUCAACUAUGACAGACAAAUUGAGAUUUCUUUUCUCCAGAAAAUCACAUUGUAGGAUUUUUAAUGAAUUUAUUUGCAAAUUAUGGUGGAAAAUAAGUAUUUGGUCACCUACAAACAAGCAAGAUUUCUGGCUCUCACAGACCUGUAACUUCUUCUUUAAGAGGCUCCUCUGUCCUCCACUCGUUACCUGUAUUAAUGGCACCUGUUUGAACUUGUUAUCAGUAUAAAAGACACCUGUCCACAACCUCAAACAGUCACACUCCAAACUCCUCUAUCACCAAGACCAAAGAGCUGUCAAAGGACACCAGAAACAAAAUUGUAGACCUGCACCAGGCUGGGAAGACUGAAUCUGCAAUAGGUAAGCAGCUUGGUUUGAAGAAAUCAACUGUGGGAGCAAUUAUUAGGAAAUGGAAGACAUACAAGACCACUGAUAAUCUCCCUCGAUCUCACCCUGUGGGGUCAAAAUGAUCACAAGAAAGGUGAGCAAAAAUCCCAGAACCACACGGGGGGACCAAGUGUUUGACCUGCAGAGAGCUGGGACCAAAUUAACAAAGCCUACCAUCAGUAACACACUACGCCGCCAGGGACUCAAAUCCUGCAGUGCCAGACGUGUCCCCCUGCUUAAGCCAGUACAUGUCCAGGCCCGUCUGAAGUUUGCUAGAGUGCAUUUGGAUGAUCCAGAAGAGGAUUGGGAAAAUGUCAUAUGGUCAGAUGAAACCAAAAUAGAACUUUUUGGUAAAAACUCAACUCGUCGUGUUUGGAGGACAAAGAAUGCUGAGUUGCAUCCAAAGAACACCAUACCUAUUGUGAAGCAUGGGGGUGGAAACAUCAUGCUUUGGGGCUUUUUUUCUGCAAAGGGACCAGGACGACUGAUCCGUGUAAAGGAAAUAAUGAAUGGGGCCAUGUAUCGUGAGAUUUUGAGUGAAAACCUCCUUCCAUCAGCAAGGACAUUGAAGAUGAAACGUGGCUGGGUCUUUCAGCAUGACAAUGAUCCCAAAUACACCGCCCGGGCAACGAAGGAGUGGCUUCGUAAGAAGCAUUUCAAGGUCCCGGAGUGGCCUAGCCAGUCCCCAGAUCUCAACCCCAUAGAAAAUCUUUGGAUGGAGUUGAAAGUCCGUGUUGCCCAGCGACAGCCCCAAAAUAUCACUGCUCUAGAGGAGAUCUGCAUGGAGGAAUGGGCCAAAAUACCAGCAACAGUGUGUGAAAACCUUACAGAAAACUUUUGACCUGUGUCAUUGCCAACAAAUGGUAUAUAACAAAGUAUUGAGAAACUUUUGUUAUUGACCAAAUACUUAUUUUCCUUCAUAAUUUGCAAAUAAAUUCAUUAAAAAUACUACAAUGUGAUUUUCUGGAUUUUUUUUCUCACUUUGUCUGUCAUAGUUGACGUGUACCUAUGAUGAAAAUUACAGGACUCUCUCAUCUUUUUAAGUGGGAGAACUUGCACAAUUGGUGGCUGACUAAAUACUUUUUCCCCCACUGUAGUUGAAUAAGCAGACACUAAAAUAUAAAAAGAAACAACAAAUGGCCAAACAGACACAUCCAGGCGUAAGCUCAUGCACUGUAUAUCCUCCUCUAACAGAUUUGUUUGAGAUAUUAAACAGUGUGGUGUGGUGUUGCUUAGCCCUUUACUGCAGUCAAAUGACCUAGUGGCCUCAAGGGUGAAAUGUUAUUAAUCUUUUUCAUAAUUUCAUAAUUAUGGUGUUUCUAUGUCAAACAGUUUUGUUAUAUUUCAUAGACAUAUAUGUUUAUAAAGCAUAAUAUUGUGAUGCAAACUCAAAAUGUAAUAUAUUUCACUUCUUUAUCUGACAUGGUACAGAUGUCUUCUUCUUUUUUAAGCCCAUAACCAUGCAUGUGAGGUGUUUCAAACUUUUUUUUCAAAAUAGAUUUGUUUAAGAUUACCAAGAAACACUCUGUGUGACCCUGAUUUAGCCCACUGCAGUAAAAUAUUAAUGACUAACAUUAGGGGAACCUAAGGAGGAUGUUAGAUCUAAUGAUUACUGACUAACAUUCGGGAACCUAAGGAGGAUGUUAGAUCUAAUGGUUACUGACUAACAUUAGGGGAACCUAAGGAGGAUGUUAGAUCUAAUGAUUACUGACUAACAUUAGGGGAACCUAAGGAGGAUGUUAGAUCUAAUGGUUACUGACUAACAUUAGGGGAACCUAAGGAGGAUGUUAGAUAUAAUGGUUACUGACUAACAUUCGGGGAACCUAAGGAGGAUGUUAGAUCUAAUGGUUACUGACUAACAUUCGGGGAACCUAAGGAGGAUGUUAGAUCUAAUGGUUACUGACUAACAUUCGGGGAACCUAAGGAGGAUGUUAGAUCUAAUGGUUACUGACUAACAUUCGGGGAACCUAAGGAGGAUGUUAGAUCUAAUGGUUACUGACUAACAUUCGGGGAACCUAAGGAGGAUGUUAGAUCUAAUGGUUACUGACUAACAUUCGGGGAACCUAAGGAGGAUGUUAGAUCUAAUGGUUACUGACUAACAUUAGGGGAACCUAAGGAGGAAGUUAGAUCUAAUGGUUACUGACUAACAUUAGGGGAACCUAAGGAGGAUGUUAGAUCUAAUGGUUACUGACUAACAUUAGGGGAACCUAAGGAGGAUGUUAGAUCUAAUGGUUACUGAAUAACAUUCGAGGAACCUAAGGAGGAUGUUAGAUCUAAUGGUUACUGACUAACAUUCGGGGAACCUAAGGAGGAUGUUAGAUCUAAUGGUUACUGACUAACAUUAGGGGAACCUAAGGAGGAUGUUAGAUCUAAUGGUUACUGACUAACGUUCGAGGAACCUAAGGAGGAUGUUAGAUCUAAUGGUUACUGACUAACAUUCGGGGAACGUAAGGAGGAUGUUAGAUCUAAUGGUUACUGACUAACAUUCGGGGAACCUAAGGAGGAUGUUAGAUCUAAUGGUUACUGACUAAUAUUCGGGGAACCUAAGGAGGAUGUUAGAUCUAAUGGUUACUGACUAACUUUAGGGGAACCUAAGGAGGAUGUUAGAUCUAAUGGUUACUGACUAACAUUCGGGGGAACCUCAGGAGGAUGUUAGAUCUAAUGGUUACUGACUAAUUUUCGGGGAACCUAAGGAGGAUGUUAGAUCUAAUGGUUACUGACUAACAUUCGGGGAACCUAAGGAGGAUGUUAGAUCUAAUGGUUACUGACUAACAUUCGGGGAACCUAAGGAGGAUGUUAGAUCUAAUGGUUACUGACUAAUAUUCGGGGAACCUAAGGAGGAUGUUAGAUCUAAUGGUUACUGACUAACAUUAGGGGAACCUAAGGAGGAUGUUAGAUCUAAUGGUUACUGACUAACAUUCGGGGAACCUAAGGAGGAUGUUAGAUCUAAUGGUUACUGACUAAUAUUCGGGGAACCUAAGGAGGAUGUUAGAUCUAAUGGUUACUGACUAACAUUAGGGGAACCUAAGGAGGAUGUUAGAUCUAAUGGUUACUGACUAAAAUUAGGGGAACCUAAGGAGGAUGUUAGAUCUAAUGGUUACUGACUAAUAUUCGGGGAACCUAAGGAGGAUGUUAGAUCUAAUGGUUACUGACUAACAUUCGGGGAACCUAAGGAGGAUGUUAGAUCUAAUGGUUACUGACUAAUAUUCGGGGAACCUAAGGAGGAUGUUAGAUCUAAUGGUUACUGAGUAAUAUUCGGGGAACCUAAGGAGGAUGUUAGAUCUAAUGGUUACUGACUAACAUUCGGGGAACCUAAGGAGGAUGUUAGAUCUAAUGGUUACUGACUAACAUUCGGGGAACCUAAGGAGGAUGUUAGAUCUAAUGGUUACUGACUAACAUUAGGGGAACCUAAGGAGGAUGUUAGAUCUAAUGGUUACUGACUAACAUUAGGGGAACCUAAGGAGGAAGUUAGAUCUAAUGGUUACUGACUAACAUUCGGGGAACCUAAGGAGGAUGUUAGAUCUAAUGGUUACUGACUAAUAUUCGGGGGAACCUAAGGAGGAUGUUAGAUCUAAUGGUUACUGACUAACAUUCGGGGAACCUAAGGAGGAUGUUAGAUCUAAUGGUUACUGACUAACAUUCGGGGAACCUAAGGAGGAUGUUAGAUCUAAUGGUUACUGACUAACAUUCGGGGGAACCUAAGGAGGAUGUUAGAUCUAAUGGUUACUGACUAAUAUUCGGGGAACCUAAGGAGGAUGUUAGAUCUAAUGGUUACUGACUAACAUUAGGGGAACCUAAGGAGGAUGUUAGAUCUAAUGGUUACUGACUAACAUUCGGGGAACCUAAGGAGGAUGUUAGAUCUAAUGGUUACUGACUAACAUUCGGGGAACCUAAGGAGGAUGUUAGAUCUAAUGGUUACUGACUAACAUUCGGGGAACCUAAGGAGGAUGUUAGAUCUAAUGGUUACUGACUAACAUUCGGGGAACCUAAGGAGGAUGUUAGAUCUAAUGGUUACUGACUAACAUUCGGGGAACCUAAGGAGGAUGUUAGAUCUAAUGGUUACUGACUAACAUUCGGGGAACCUAAGGAGGAUGUUAGAUCUAAUGGUUACUGACUAACAUUAGGGGAACCUAAGGAGGAUGUUAGAUCUAAUGGUUACUGACUAACAUUCGGGGAACCUAAGGAGGAUGUUAGAUCUAAUGGUUACUGACUAACAUUCGGGGAACCUAAGGAGGAUGUUAGAUCUAAUGGUUACUGACUAACAUUAGGGGAACCUAAGGAGGAAGUUAGAUCUAAUGGUUACUGACUAACAUUAGGGGAACCUAAGGAGGAUGUUAGAUUUAAUGGUUACUGACUAACAUUCGGGGAACCUAAGGAGGAUGUUAGAUCUGAAGAUUCUGGUGAGUAUAAAUAAACACUCACUAACUGUUGGUGCUUAUCCAUUCAAUGUCACAGCCAAUAGUGUGUGCCUGUGUGUGUGCGUGUGCGUGUGCGCGUGUGUGUGUGCCUGUGCGUGUGCCCGUGUGAGCGUGCCUGUGCGUGUGCCCUUGCCCGUGUGAGCGUAUGUGCCUGUGUAUGUGUUGAUGUCAGCCUCUCUGCCAAACAGAGGCGCGUACGGUCUUUAGAGCCAGGGAAGACAGAGAGUUACAGGGAGAAUCUCAAUUGGAUUUUGCUCAAACUCCUCCUUCGUCCUCUCCUCACCUUAUUUCCUUCUCCGUUUACAUUACAUUUACAUGUUAGUCAUUUAGCAGACACUCUUAUCCCGAGUGACUUACAAUUAGUAUAUUCAUCUUAAGAUUGCUUGGUGAGAGAACAACAUAUCACAAUCGUAUCAAGUACAUUUUCCCUCAACAAAGUAGUUAUCAGCAAAGUCAGUGCUAGCAGGAGUGCAAUGUUUUUCCUUCACUUAUUUUCUCCACUUGCUUAUCAUCAGGGAAAAAUGAUGUUUACAGUGUUGGAAUCCCAAAAUACAGUGCCUUCAGAAAGUAUUCAAACCCCUUGACUUAUUCCACAUUUUGUUGUGUUACAGCCUGAAUUCAAAAUUGAUUAAAUAUAUGUUUUUUCUCACCCAACUACACACAAUAACCUAUAAUUACAAAGUGAAAACCUGUUUUUAGACAUUUUUGCUAAUUUAUUGAAAAUUAAAUACAGAAAUAGGUCAUUUACAUAAGUAUUCACACCCCUGAGUCAAUACUUUGAAUAAGCACUUUUGGCAGCGAUUACAGCUAUGAGUCUUUCUGGGUAAGUCUCUACGAGCUUUCCACACCUGGGUUGUGCAACAUUUGCCCAUUAUUCUUUUCAAAAUCCUUCAAGCGCUGUCAAAUUGUUUGUUGAUCAUUGCUAGACAACCAUUUUCAGGUCUUGCCAUAGAUUUCCAAGCACAUUUAAGUCAAAACUGUAACUCGGCCACUCAGGGAUAUUCACUGUGUUCUUGGUAAGGAACUCCAGUGUAGAUUUGACCUUGUGUUUUAGGUUAUAGUUCUGCUGAAAGGUGAAUUCAUCUCCCAAUGUCUGGUGGAAAGCAGACUGAACCAGGUUUUCCUCUAGGAUUUUACUUGUGCUUAGCUCCGUUCCAUUUAUUUUUUAACCUUAAAAACUCCCCAGUCCUUAAUGAUUACAACAUACCCAUAACAUUAUGCAGCAACCACUACACUUGAAAAUAUGAUGAGUACUGCUCAGUAAUGUCUUAUGUUGUAUUUGCACCAAACACAACACUUUGCAUUCAGGACAUUUUUUGCAGUAUUACUUUAGUGCCUUGUUGCAAACAGGAUGCAUGUUUUGGAAUAUUUGUAUUCUGUACAGGAUUCCUUCUUUUCACUCUGUCAAUUAUUUUAGUAUUGUGGAGUAACUACAAUACUACAAUAUUGAUCCAUCCUCAGUUUUCUCCUAUCACAGCCAUUAAACUCUGUAACUGUUUUAAAGUCACCAUUGGCCUCAUGAUUAAAUCCCUGAGCGGUGUCCUUCCUCUCCGGCAACUGAGUUAGGAAGGCUGCAUGUAUCUUUAUAGUGACUGGGUGUAUUGAUACACCAUCCAAAGUGUAAUUAACAAAUUCCACCAUGCUCAAAGGGAUAUUCAAUGUCUGCUUUUUUCUUAUCCAUCUACCAAUAGGUGCCCUUCUUUGCUAGGCAUUGGAAAACCUCCCUGGUCUUUGUGGUUGAAUCUGUAUUUGAAAUUCACUGCUCCACUGAGGGACCUUACAGAUAAUUGUAUGUGUGGGGUACAGAGAUGAGGUAAUCAUUCAGAAAUCAUGUUAAACACUAUUAUUGCACACAGAGUCCAUGCAACUUAUUAUGUGCCUUAUUAAGCACAAUUUCUACCCCUAAACCUAUUUAGGCUUGCCAUAACGAAGGGAUUGAAUACUUAUUGACUGAAGACAUUUUAGACUUUCAUUUUUAAUUAAUAUAAAAACAAACAUAAUUCCACUUUGACAUUAUGGGGUAUUGUGUGUAGGGCAGUGACAAACAAUCUCAAUUUAAUCAAUUUCAAAUUCACAACAAAAUGUGUAAAAAGUCAAAGGGUGUGAAUACUUUCUGAAGGCUGUAAAAAUAUAAAACAUUUUAGUAGCGUUUCGUUUUUAUUUGUUUGCAUGUUUUUCUCCUUUAAGAAGGUGUUGUGGCAUAUUUUAAAACACUGCCGAAAGGAUAUUCUUGUGCGUCCUCUGCUGAAGUAGGCGAUUGAGAAGGUGAGCAGACUACUCCGGUCAACCUUCUAAUGAAUGACACUCUCCCCGACCACUCCACCACAGUUUCUGUGUCACAGAGGAGGAGAGGAGUCAAGGAAAGGACAGACUUUUUCCCAAAUGAGAAUCCCCCGAAGAUUCAUAGCUUUGUUAUCUACUUCAGCAGGGAUAAAAUAUUCUCUUUGUCUAAAUCCUGAUUUGAUGAUUUAUAGAUCUUUGGCCAGAUGAACUCAUCAUGUGUAGCAGAUAAAAUGAAAUCCCUUUGCCUUCUUUUCCCAACAGAGAUCUGUCGUCCAUUUGUCACCAUUUCAGUGUGAUACCAACCUUGGGUUAACUCGGCAUCAGGCUCCAGUUGUUUUGUUUGAAUGCCUCUGGUUGCCAUUCAGGAUGACACAUCUACUUCUUUUUGUGUUUUUGAUAUCUGGUCAAAGACCGAGGGAGCAGCACCAGGGAUCUGAAAGCCAGUGAAGCUGUCACCUCCUAUCAGAAGUUGCUGGACUCUCAGGCUUUGUAAUGUCAUCAGAAAUAAAAAAGAGAUGGUACACAGAGAUUAUACGAUUCCUUUGUCUUCCCUCUCUUUCUCUCUCUUUCAUUCUUUCUAUAUCUUUAUCUCUCUCUCUCUCUCUCUCUCUCUCUCUCUCUCUCUCUCUCUCUCUCUCUCUCUCUCUCGCCGUCCACCACACUGUCAUUCUGUAAGCAGUGCUACCGUGCUGACAGCCCAAUAACACCCUGUCUUACCGAAUAAUCACGAGCAAUUUCACUGCCUGACACAAACACACACAGGGUUGGGUAGGUUACUUUCUAAAUGUAAUCCGUUGUAGUCACUAGUUACCUGUCCAUAACUGUUAUAAAUGACGUAACUUUUGGAUUACCCAAACUCAGUAACGUAAUCUGAUUACUUUCAGUUACUUUUUGAUUACUUUCCCCUUAAGAGGCAUUAGAACAAGACAAAAAGGAUCCAUCAAACACAUUUGGUGUGUCAUCACAGUGGUCUCUGAUUGGUAGUCAUCAUAGUCGUCUCUGAUUGGUGGUCAUCAUAGUGGUCUCUGACUGGUGGUCAUCAUUUGGUGUGUCAUCAUAGUGGUCUCUGAUUGGUGGUCAGACUCUAGUUCUUUAUAUUUGCCGGUUGAGGUGUCAUUCACACGACAUGGUCUCUCAAAGGGGUAGAGAUGUCACUUAAAAAAAGGCAUCUUCCCUUUCUAUACUGAGAGUGGGAAGAGUUUCUUCUGUUGUCUACACACAAUGGGAAAGUCUCAUCACUCCGAAGAUAACAGCACAUCUUUCAGCUAUAUCUCCAGUGUCUGUGUGUGUGUGUGUGUGUGUGUGCAUCCAUGUGUGUGUGUGUGUGUGCAUUUGUGUGUGUGUGCAUGUGUGUGUGCGUGCACGUGUGUGUGUGUGUGUGCAUCCAUGUGUGUGUGUGUGUGUCCAUGUGUGUGCGUUCAUGUAUGUGCGCGCGUCCAUGUGUGUGUGUGUCCAUGUGUGUGCGUUCAUGUGUGUGUGUGUCCAUGUGUGUGUGAAUCCAUGUGUGUGUUUGUGUGUGUGCGUUGAUUCAUCCAUUUGUCCUUUUUUUCCUACCCUUGCUUAUGUAUCCCUAACUUUCCCCAAGCCGUACGACCAUCAAAGCUUUGUCUUUCCAACACAUGGAGCACCAAGAGACCUAUUCCAGAGACAGGCCCCUGUUUGACUAUUUAAAGUGUGGUUUGUGUUAAGGGGCCGUUUGAUUGGAUUACAGGAUUCUGAAGACAGACACUGGGUAGAAGUUACUUUUAGGCACAGAUCUAGGAUCAGCUUACCCUCUCCAAAUCCUAACCUUAACCACACAAGAUAAACUGCUAAACUGACCUUAAGUCAGCACUGUGAAGUAGAUUAAUUGAUAGCUGUGGAGUCCCUUUCAGUAAAGUUUAAAAUGAGCAGAGUGACUUUAAUGAAUACAGGGCCGUGAAAAAGUAGUUGCCCCCUUUCUGAUUUUCUCUAUUUCUGCAUAUUUUUGAUACUGAAUGUUAUCAGAUCUUCAACCAAAACCUAAUAUUAGAUAAAGGGAACCUGAGUUUACAAAUAACAAAAAAUGUAUAAUUUAUUUAUUUAAUUAACAGUUAUGCAGCACCCAAUUCCCCUGUGCGAAAAGUAAUUGCCCCCUUACACUAAAUAACCGUAUUGUGCCACCUUUAGCUGCAAUGACUGCAACCAAAUGCUUCCUGUAGUUGUUGAUCAGUCUCUCAAAUCGCUGUGGAGGAAUUUUGGCCCACUCUUGCAUGCAGAACUGCUUUAACUCAUUUGUGGGUUUUCAAGCAUGAACUGCUCGUUUCAAGUCCUGCAUUUAAAUUGGGAUUACGUCUGGACUUUGACUAGGCCAUUCCAAAACUUCUAAUGUGUUGCUUUUUAACCAUUUUCAUGUAGACUUGAUUGUGUUUUUGGGUCAUUGUCUUGCUGCAUGACCCAGCUGCACUUCAGCUUCAGCUCACAAAUGGAUAGCUCCUGUAGAAUUCUCUGAUACAGAGCAGAAUUCAUGGUUCCUUCUAUUAAGGCAAGUCGUCCAGGUCCUGAGGCAACAAAGCAUCCCCAAACCAUCACACUACCACCACCAUGCUUGACUGUUGGUAUGAGGUUCUUACUGUGGAAUGCAGUGUUUCGUUUUUGCCUGACAUAAUGGGACUCAUCUCGUCCAAAAAGUUGCCUCAAGUUUGCCAAAAAGCACCUGAAAUCACCUGGAUGAUCAUCAAAACUCUUGGAAGAAUGUUCUAUGGAAAGAUGAGUUAAAAGUCUAACUUUUUUGGACGACAUGGGUCCUAUUAAGCCUAUUAAAACACAUCUGUUGCCACAAAAACAUCCGCAGGUGUAUCACAAAUUACAUGGAUGUCAUAGGGGGUCCCAUGUAGCUCAGUUGGUAGAGGAUGGGGCUUGCAACGCCAGGGUUGUGAGUUAAAUUCCCAUGAGAAAAAAAAUAAUAAACAAUUGCACUCACUACUGUAAGUCUCUCUAGAUAAGAGCAUCUGCUAAGUGACAGAAAUGUAAAUAGUAAUCAUCUUUUUUUCUAUAAAGGCCUUUAUUUCUGGGUUUUUAUUAUGGGAACAUAUGGAACAGAUCAGGUGACAGUGUGAUAUUCUCUCUUUAGGGACCAGUCAUAACUGUACAUCUACAUACCACAUCUGGCUCAAUACAGGGACCUACUGAGGCAAGAACAAAGGCCUGGUAUACCUUGUUACCACUCUAGCCCCUUGCUUCCCUGGCCUUAAGAACAUGCAGUCCAAACUCUGCAGGGGACUGUUACAUACAAAUAGAGGUUGGAGAGGUUGGAGCAGGGGACUGUUACAUACAUAUAGAGGUUGGAGAGGUUGGAGCAGGGGACUGUUACAUACAUAUAGAGAUUGGAGAGGUUGGAGCAGGGGACUGUUACAUACAUAUAAAGGUUGGAUAAUUUGGAGCAGGGGGCUGUGACAUACAUAUUGAGGUUAGAGCAGGGGACUGUUACAUACACAUAGAGGUUGGAAAGGUUGGAGCAGGGGACUGUUACAUACAUAUAGAGGUUGGAGCAGGGGACUGUGACAUACAUAUAUACGUUGGAGCAGGGGAUUGUUACAUACAUAUAGAGAUUAGAGCAGGGGACUGUUACAUACAUAUAGAGGUUGGAGCAGGGGACUGUUACAUACAUACAGAGGUUGGAGCAGGGGACUGUUACAUACAUAUAGAGGUUAGAGCAGGGGACUGUUACACACAUAUGGAGUUUGGAGCAGGGGACUGUUACAUACACAUAUAGGUUGGAGCAGGGGAAUGUUACAUACAUAUGGAGUUUGGAGCAGGGGACAGUUACAUAAGCAUACAGGUUGGAGCAGAGGACUGUUACAUACAUUUAGAGGUUGGAGAGGUUGGAGCAGGGGAAUGUUACAUACAUAUAGAGUUUGGAGAAGAGGACUGUUACAUACAUAUAGAGGUUGGAAAGGUAGGAGCAAGGGACAGUUACAUACAUAUAGAGGUUAGAGCAGGGGACUGUUACAUACAUAUAGAGGUUGGAGCAGGGGACUGUUACAUAGAUAUAGAGGUUGGAGCAGGGGACUAUUAUAUACAGUACAUAUAGAGGUUGGAGCAGGGGCUGUGACAUACAUAUAGAGGUUGGAGCAGGGGACUGUUACAUACAUAUAGAUGUUGCAGAAGGGGACUGUUACAUAGAUAUAGAGGUUGGAGCAGGGGACUAUUAUAUACAGUACAUAUAGAGGUUGGAGCAGGGGGCUGUGACAUACAUAUAGAGGUUGGAGCAGGGGACUGUUACAUACAUAUAGAGGUUGGAAAGGUUGGAGCAGGGGACUGUUACAUACAUAUUGAGAUUAGAGCAGGGGACUGUUACAUACAUCUAGAGGUUGGAGCAGGGGACUGUUACAUACAUACAGAGGUUGAAGCAGGGGACUGUUACAUACAUAUAGAGGUUGGAAAGGUUGGAGCAGGGGACUGUUACAUACAUAUAGAUGUUAGAGCAGGGGACUGUUACAUACAUAUAGAUGUUGGAGCAGGGGACUAUUAUAUACAGUACAUAUAUAGGUUGGAGCAGGGGACUGUUACAUACAUACAGAGGUUGGAGCAGGGGACUGUUACAUACAUAUGGAGGUUGGAGCAGGGGACUGUUACAUACAUAUAGAUGUUUGAAAGGUUGGAGCAGGGCACUGUUACAUACAUAUAGAGGUUAGAGCAGGGGACUGUUACAUACAUAUAGAUGUUGGAGCAGGGGACUGUUACAUACAUAUAGAGGUUUGAAAGGUUGGAGCAGGGGAAUGUUACAUACAUAUAGAGAUUAGAGCAGGGGACUGUUACAUACAUAUAGAGGUUGGAGCAGGGGACUGUUACAUAGAUAUAGAGGUUGGAGCAGGGGACUGUUACAUACAUAUAGAGGUUGGAAAGGUUGGAGCAGGGGACUGUUACAUACAUAUGGAGGUUGGAACAGGGGACUGUUACAUACAUACAGAGGUUGGAGCAGGGGACAGUUACAUACGCAUAGAGGUUGGAGCAGAGGACUUUUACAUACAUUUAGAGGUUGGAGAGGUUGGAGCAGGGGAAUGUUACAUAAAUAUAGAGGUUGGAGAAUUUGGAGCGGGGGCUGUGACAUACAUAUAG